UUAGUUAGUUAGUAGCUAGCUGCGCGCGCAUUAGAAAGCCGUUGCUGCAUGCAUAUACGUAGGAUCGAUGCAGUACGGAGGGAGCGGCGGACACCCUGGUCAUCGGCUGGUCGCUCCUGGCCUCGCGCCGCGGGCCGGCGAGAGAGAGAGUCGACCUGGGGCCUUACCCGACAUCUUGUGGCGGGCCUCGGGGGUCACGACGCGGCCUGGCAGCGGUCUACGACUGACUGUAAGACACAUGGACGUCCCCCAACACCUCUCAGAGCCCCACGGAAUGCCUCCACUUGCUCAAGACACUCGUCACCACUCUCGCUCCGAGCCGACCGGUAGAACUCUGCAUUACCCACCGCCCAGGAACCAGCGACGAAGCAGUCUGCGCGACACUCCACGUCUCCUACCUCGACAGACGGCACACUCCUUCCCCACCGAGCCCCCAGCCGCCUUCCCAGCUACCUCCUCUACAGCGCACCCCAAGGCAACUCGUACAAUGCUCCCACCUUUACCAGUCAGCCCACCGCGUUGCGAGGAACCUGCAGAGGAAGAAGAGAAGUCCUCUAAUGAGAGCCAGGGAGAAUCUUCGUCGCUGGAAGACAGCGAGGAGAUUUAUUCAGACGAGGAGGGAGAGACCAACCCUCCCAGCAGACCUGGGUUUGAGUCCGAAGCCGAGCAGAGUACCCACGUGUUUGACAUCCCGUUCUCCCCAGUCUCAUGCCCCGACGCUCCAUUCCCUGCCACCCUCCUCCAGGACCAUCUCCAACUGGACUCGGAGAGAUUCACUGCUGCCGUUCUCCCAUCGGGGCUGAGCCCCCGAGUCAAUAACAUCGUCAGGGCCUUCACGAUCCACGGCGCACUAGACCGCCAGUUGCUGAGUCGUGCUCUGGACUCGGUGGCCAGUCUGCACCCUGUCCUGACUGCCUGUUUCCAGAGGACCAGUGACAGACUCUACAUGCAGACUCUGCCACCUGGUCCAGUGUCAGUGAAUCUGGAGAGUCCAGUCGUGAGUCACGAGAAACCAGAGGUCCUCAUCACAAACGCCCGUCGGAAACCUUUCCCCCUCCCCAUGAGGAACGACCUGGUUGCCGGUGGCGACGGGGGCGAGGGAGGCAAAGUCCUGAGCAUCGUGAGUCUGGCCAGCAGCAAGAACAGCGAUGACAGCGAGGAGGGGAAACCCCCCAAACGGAGACAUUUGCCCUCUGCCGUCAAGAAAUCCGUCACGUUUGGACAAAUCACUCAACUCCAGGCGGAACGCGAUGAAAAGUCAGUUCAGAGAGCUCUGCCAGUGACCCAGGAAGAGGAGAUGACAAGAGCAGUUCUCAUGAGAGCCAGACUAGUUCAGGAGAGUGUUCGCGAGGCAACCCUAGUCCUAUCGUUCCCAAGGAUAAUCUGUGACUUCUGGUCCUCGUCUCUGUUUGUUCGACAGCUGGCAGAGGCCUACGGCCAGCUGGAGAGGGCCUCAGGUGCCUCUCGGAGGAUCGAGGCCUCCAGAAGAGAGGUUGUGUCCAGGUUUGGUCACCGACGGCCGGCACACUACAAGUCUCGAGGACUAGGGAGAGAGGUGGGUAGAGCGGCGGUGUGUUUGGGGGAGAUAGGAGGAGAGGAAAGGUAUCAGCCCUCGCUUCCUGCUCAGCUGAGUUUCCAGCAAGUGUCCCUGCGAGAGAGACAGAUGCUCAAGUUUGUAUCGAGAGAGAAACAUUGGGCAUUCUGGGAGGGACUCCUCACAGCGGUCAUCAGACGACAGCGUGGCCCAAACAGGGUUAAAGUUGUUCCGCCGGUUCGGAUACCCUCUGGACUUGGAGAGAAGGUCCCGCGUGUGCCACGCCCACAGACGUCCAGACUCCGCCCACUCACAGGGCGGGGUAGGCCUCAGACGGGGCGGAGACUAGUGGAGAUGCAGCUGGGGAAGAGACACUCUGGCUGGACCAAGAACAGAGUUUCACUUUAUCAGGUUUGAGGAGGAGGUGUGUGUGAGGCUGCGGGAGAGUCUGUUGGAAGAGACGCAGGAUCAGAGAGUGAGGAGAGACGAUCUACUGAAUCUGGCGUGUCUGGCGUGCUACGUCUUACUGCUGGGUCGCUGCUGUCGAGGGUGGGGGGAGGAGGAGAGGAAGGAGAGAGAGGGGGAGAGAACCAGCCACCUCCUCUGUCGCUGGCUGCAAGAGACCCUCUCCAGCGGUACAAGACUAGCAGAGGUCCACCUGCAGUGAGGGUACCGGCCCCCCGAACCUUCCUCCUCUCCUCAUCAGAGUUCUCGGCGAGCGAGGAUGGGAGGUCGACUGGAUCUGGGGUCAUUUCUGGUGGGACUGGAGGUCUCUCUGAGACAGACAAACCCCAGACACACACAGGGACUCUUUGGGCCUCUUACUUAUGAUGUCGGUAUCCGAGUCAACCUCAGCUCCUCGGAGACCUUCCUGGACCUGGUGCUGGCUCUGGGGAAGACCCUGCAAUCAGUCCACAAUCACCACCACUUCCCCUUCGCCACGGUCACCGAUGAGCUAGGAGUUCCUGCAGGUCUUCCGGUGAGGUUCUCAUAUCUCCAUCGCUCGGACAUCCUACAGCUCUCUGACCCCGCCCACUUUUACUUUCCGGAGACGGCAGUUGGGGUGAAAGGUCACGGACUGGCCCGGCUCGGCUCGGCGUGCUACCUCUCUCCCCUCUGUUCCAGACUGGACGACUCCAGACAUCUCGAGUUAUGUCUGUGGGAGGGACGUGAGAGUGAGAGUGUGGGCGGAGUCUUCCUCUACCAGCCACACACCCUCCGGAGGGACCUGGUAGAGGGUGUGGCCAGAGAACUGAGCCUGCUGGUGAAGACCGCUGCCAAGGACCCCAGGGCCCCUCUCUCCCUCCUCUCCUCAGUAAUCUCUCCUCCCUUCUCCUGUCACUCUCGCUCCCGCAGAACACACCACCACUAGACCACCCUAUUUUUCACUAGAAUUCAAUUCAUCAACAUAAUUCACAUAAAAAUGUUGACAGAAGAAUUUUAAACUAAUA